AUGAAGUCAAACAGAUCUAACUUCGCCGCGUGCUCGCUGAAGGAAGAUCUAAUUGUAGCUGGAGGAUACUCAGCCUCGAAGACAAUCUCGGGGGUAGAAAAAUUCGACGGAAAACAAUGGACGGACCUGCCGGAUCUUCCCGCUAAUCGCAGCGCGAUGAGAAUACUGAUACUGCCAGAUUUUCGCGAUUUUGCCCUAUCCAAGCUGGGGAGCGAUGAGGACCAAAAGAAAUGGAGGGAGGAGGAAGCACGGGCAGUUAUUGAUAAAAGCAUGUCAACGCAAAGGAUCAGAAAUGAAGGAGAACCUCAUCAUCUUCCCUAA